AUGCCGGCGAGAUUUGUAAUUUUGACGGAGCAUCAGCCCAUACUCUCUGAGAAGCUGCGGUCUUAUGACACGGCAGAUGCCAAGGGACGCAAGACUCUGGUUCAGAGCUUGUGCCAGAAGCUGAAGACACAGUUUGUCGACACGUCAAAUUAUGACGACAUCAUUGUGGAAACUAAAAUCCGAGAGUGGCUCAAUAACCACGCCCACCAUGCGCAGGAGAAAGCGACGAAAAAGCGUAUGCAUGUUUCUGGCAAGCCCAAUGCCUUCAAGGUGUGGGAUGCGCUGGAGAGGGACAAGGUGACUGAGGCCGCGCGAGCACUCGUGGCAGAAAAGGGUUGCAAUGUCUCCAAGGUGUGGAGAGUCGCACGGAGUGCUGAAUGGGCAAAACUGUCCGAGGAGGAGCAGAAGGUGUAUGAGGAAAAGGCGGAAAGUUGGCGCAAUGGCACUCUGGAUGAUAAGACGAAAAUGAAGCUAAGGGAGCAGCGAAUGAUGCAAUAUCUGAAGAAGUUUGCCAAGACUAUGUGGGACACCAUGGACAUUCGCAUGGCAUUCAUGCUAGCAUAUCCGAAGGAAGCGAGGAGUCUGAAGGUAGAGAUGGUGGAGGUCAACCAUGCCAUCACCAAUGGAACUCCAUUUGGGGCCUAUCCUGGGUGGCUGUGUGCUUACCAGCCUCUAGCAAAGGUGUUCUCUGAGUGGGCCAAAGGCGAAUACGGUGUGACUGAGACUACGGUGAUGGUGAAGAAGACACCUGCCGAUUGCAUGCGGGCCAUGGACAAGAUUCAGUUGAUGGCCAACAGUUUUCCUCUGCUCCCGUCGAUGCCUGAAGGUAUGGCGGAAGCGCCUCUCAAGGUGAUGAAGGUACAAGUUCGAGACUUCAUGAAUCAUCACUACGCAUUGGCGAAGGGUGUUCGGAACUGCAAGUCGCCAUGGACGAAGCUGAACAGCAUAGACGACAUCAAUGAGGUUAUUCCAGCGGAGAUGCUACCUGAGAACUUCCAGUGGAUCGAUCCCUCAAAGGUGAUAAGUGUUCCCUACUUCGACAAGGAUGGCGAAGCUGCUCCCACCAAGUAUGAUCCUCUUCCACCACUUGACGGAUCAGCACAGGCAUUAGAAGAAGGAUCUGAACAUGAGGUCCAAGAAGCACUCACACCCAAGAAGGUGGGGAAGGCGAAGAAGAAGGGUAAACCUGUGCGCAAGGCCACGGGAAAGGCGGCAUCGAAGGCGACAAAGGGCAAAGCGGCCCCUGGUGGAGCCAAAGGCGGUGGGCGUAAACGCAAGAUGAAAGAUGCAUACGACUCAGAAGACGAUGCCAGAAGCAGCCAAGACUCUGAUCGGAGUUCGCCAGAUAUACCCAGCAUGGCUUCCGAAGAAGAUACGGCCAGCGAUGAAGAUUCAGGGGAUGGCGAGAGCGUGAUUGCGAAUAAAGUGAAGGGCAAGGCAGUCACCACCACCAAUGGACGUAAGGCUAACAAUGGCAGUGCACCUCAAGCGAGUGGUAGCGGCGGUGCCAAGACGAAGGCAAAGUGA